AUGCCAAAGGGCAACUUCCUCGUACUCCGGAGAUCAGAUCUAAGUCCACUGAUGGCUGCUCAGACCACACAUCAGUACUUUGACCGGUCAGGCAUACUGCGAACACUGGGUGCGAUGUCCGCUGAGCUAGAUACCAACUUUGCACGGAGGGUGAGACAAAGGGACACAGCCUGCUGCAUCACUGGACGUACCAAAGCAGCGUGCGGUGAUGAUUGGAUGACAUUCGCAGCGGUCCACAUCUUCCCACCAGAAUACAUCGCCAUGUGGAAGGCAGAAGGAGCGGGCGAUUUGGUUGAAGAUGACGGGCCUGGUCAGGGAGAGGCAAGGAUCGACUCGGUACAGAACGGUCUCUUGAUGCAAUGGACUGAAGCGGUACACUGGGAGCUUCACAACAUCACCGUUGACGUGGACGAUGAUUACGCCAUCAUCGAUUUCACCCAGUCCGGGGAGUAUGCUGGGCGUAGGCUGAUCAUGGACCGCAGUGUGGAGGGCAAGCUCCAGCCACUGGACGCCCUACUACAGGGGCACUACUUGCAGAGCAUUCUUGCAAAUCUAAGAGGCCCGGGGAAAGGAGUCCCUGCCUCCAUGACCCUUGCUGAGGGCCAGCACUGA